ACUCUCCAAGCUUUUCCAGCCUAUCUCCCCACAUGUAACCCUAAUUUCUCUGCACUUUUUAACCCAAUAAAAUGCCCAACCAAAUCCCACACUCUAUCCAAGAACUCAAAACCCCCAAUACCCAAAAAAGUUUGGGGAAUUUUGAGCUCUCUACCAAACAAAAAUGCCCAAGAAAAGGCCCUCCCAAUACUCACCAAUCAUGCAGAAAGUUGCAGGUCUGCUAAACAUGUCCAUUUUCCUGGCCAAGAUGAGGACACCCAUCAUUGCAAGACUCAAACUUUCCUUGAAAAAUUCAAGGAAAAUCAAGAGGAUAAAGCUCCACAGGCAUUACAACUAUGGGUACAUUCAAGAAUAUGAGUAUUCGCCUUCAAACACGCCACUCAUUCAGCUCAAUUAUUACCACAGGAUGUCACUAAAGAAGCAGGACCCCAUGUUCUUCAUCUCAAGGUGUUUGGGGGGGCUGAUGAGAGGGGAAAAGGAAGACGAAAACCGCCCGGUUUUCGACUCGGGAUUGGAGGCAUUGCCUGCUCCCAGUGGGGAUGAAGAUAAUAACUCCAUUGAUGAGAGGGCAGAGGAGUUCAUUGAGAGGUUUUAUGAGGAGAUGAGAUUGCAGAGACAAGAAUCACUUAUGAAGAAGCAGUUUGAUGCAAUGGUGGAUGCUUGAAUUGAUUCAUUGUGAUGACAAAAAUUUGUUUUUUCUUGAUUUUUGUUCCAUGUUUUUACCCUGCACAGGUUUGGCAAUUAAGGUUUAUUAAGUCAAUUGUUGUUUCAAA